AUGAGUGCCUCCGCGCUAGCUCAAUUCGGCACCAGGCAUGUAGCCAGGGGCAUCGGGAGACUCGCGAGCGAGGUCAUUGAGAGCGGCUCUGGCAGCUAUGUCACCAUGGUCGGAGGCCGCAGGAUGCUCGAUUUCACCUGUGGUAUCGGAGUCGCCAACCUAGGCCAUUGCCAUCCAGCCGUGACAAAGGCAGCUCAGUCACAAGUCGGCAAGCUCGUCCACGGACAGAUCAACAUAGCCUUUCAGAAGCCCUACCUCGAACUGAUAAAAUCGCUUCUACCUCUAAUGCCUCACGAGUCGCUAGACACCUUCUUCUUCUGGAACUCGGGAGCGGAGGCUGUCGAAGCGGCGGUCAAGUUGGCUCGGCACGCAACCAAGAAACAGAAUAUCAUCGUCAUGCAGGGUUCGUAUCACGGACGAACUUUCGGAACCAUGGCAAUGACGCGCUCCAAGACUGUCUACGGCGAAAACUAUGCUCCAUUGAUGCCUGGCGUGUUCUCCGUUCCCUUCCCCUACUGCGCGCAAUGCUCAGUCGCCACCCAUUCGGAUGGGAAGUACGGCUUUGAGAGUUGUUGCAUGGACCCCGUACUCCAGCUCGAGCUGCUCCUUAAACGUGAGACUGCGCCAUCUGACACUGCUGCUAUCGUCAUUGAGCCAGUCCUGGGCGAAGGCGGCUACGUUCCACCUCCUGCGGAAUACCUUGCCAAGGUUCGGGAAAUUUGCGACAAGAACAACAUCCUCUUGAUUGCAGACGAGGUGCAGUGCGGCUUCGGUAGAACGGGGAAAAUGUUCGCGAUCGAGCAUUGGGGUGUCAGGCCAGACAUCUUAGUCAUGGCAAAAGGGAUUGCAAACGGCUUCCCACUCUCUGCGAUCGUUUCGAGAAAGGAAUUGAUGGAUAUGCAGAAGCCGGGAUCGAUGGGAGGCACUUACGCUGGAAAUGCAGUCUCAUGUGCAGCCGGAGUCGCCGUCGCUAAAGCCUUUCAAGACGAGAAGAUUUUGGAAAAUGUUGCUGCUCGAGGGGCGGAGCUAAAGGGCAUGCUCGACGCAGCAAAGUCUGAUUCCAAAACCAGCAAGAUGAUCUUCGACGUGAGGGGCUUGGGAUUGAUGUUGGCGCUGGAAUGUACGCCGGGCCAUGGAUACGCAUCGAAGAUACAGGCGAAAUGUAUGGAGAAGGACAUGCUGGUGCUCACGACCUCGAUCUACGACACCCUCAGAUUUAUACCACCGCUCAACAUCACGAAGGAGGAUAUGGCGAAGGGAUGCCAGAUUAUCAAGGAAGCGAUCGAGGAGGUAGCCGCGGGAGAAAGGCCAGCUGAAACGGGAACGAAAGGUCAAGCUUUAGAAUAG